CACAACACAACUGAACUGAGAUCUGUCCUGCAGUUUGUUGCUGCUGAUCUGGAUGAUUCUCGAAGAGGAACAGAGAAUCACAUUCAUGUUGUGAUGGAAUUUCAUAUGAGAAACACCUGCGUGCGCGUGAACAGGUGCUUGAUGGCAUUGGUGCUUCAUGCCGUUCUUCUUGCUCUUCUGCUGCUGCUCUUCACUUCACCCGGAUCGUCCCAUCAGCCCCUGUGGCCCCUGCAGCGUGUGCCUGUGGUGUGGCCCAAGCAGACGGAGGAACGGGCCCCGCCUCACUUCCUUCACGCCGCUCAGCUGGAGGUCACCUCGUCCUGCGGUCCCGAGUGCCACAAGCGCGCCACGACACCCAGCUACUGGGACCUGCGGCGCUUCCUGUCCUACGAGACGCUGCAUUCGAGCGGUCAGCUGACCGAGACCGCUGUGGCCAUUUAUGGAUUUGACGCCAACAGCUUCUACAAGAUGACUGGUGGUCGCUCCAGAGAAAAGAGGCAGAUCUUUGGCCAUGACAGUCGAUUUAGUAUCGUUGGACAGGACUUCCUGUUGAACUACCCCUUCUCCACCGCAGUCAAGCUGUCCACCGGCUGCUCGGGUACGUUAGUGGGUGAUCGGCACGUUCUGACGGCUGCACACUGUGUUCAUGAUGGCAAGAAUUACGUCAAAGGUGCUCAGAGGCUGCGCGUCGGCUUCCUCAAACCACGGCAAAUGAACGCAGGAGCCAGUAAUGACACCAGUCCCGACAAGAUGAAGUUCCAGUGGAUCCGUGUGAAGCGCACACAUGUUCCGAAGGGCUGGAUCAAAGGGACCGCCAACGACAUUGGCAUGGAUUAUGAUUAUGCCUUGCUGGAGCUCAAGAAAGCCCACAAACGGCGGCACAUGAAACUGGGCAUCAGUCCGUCGGCCAAACAGCUGCCCGGCAAACGAGUGCAGUUCUCCGGUUUCGACAACGACCGACCGGGUCACCUAGUGUACCGCUUCUGCAAGGCGGGAGAUGAAACAUACGACCUUCUGUACCAGCACUGCGACGCUCAACCAGGUGCCAGCGGCUCGGGUGUUUACGCCCGCAUGUGGAACCGCAGAUUGCACCGGUGGGAGCGUAAAGUCAUCGGCGUGUUCUCGGGACAUCAGUGGGUUGAUCUCAGCGGAACUCCUCAAGAGUUCAAUGUGGCGGUCCGAAUCACUCCGCUUAAAUAUGCUCAGAUCUGCUACUGGAUCAAAGGAAACUAUGUGGACUGUAGAGAAGGUUAGGGUGCACUUUGACCCCAGCGGACAGAUACAUGUUCACUUUAUUAAAGAAAUAUUCUGGGUUCAAUACAAAUUAAGCUCAUUGACAGCAACCAACCGCCCCGUAUAAUACAGAAUCGGGAACAAAAUUUUGUUCUAUAUGAAAUCCACACGGGACGCUAUUUGUCCCGUAUUUUGGCAUCACACCCGAACUGUUGAGACUGACUACGUUUACAUGGACACCAAAAGGCAGAUUAUUGCCAGAAGGCAGCGUUCCCGUUUACAUGCACAAUAUAAGCGGUGUACCCUUUAUUAUAUAAAUGCGACUCGGUCAGUAAGCAGCUUUCUCCACAGCAACGUAAUUUUUCCGCGACGCUUGUGUAAAUAACAAACAUGGCAUCCGAGGAAGACUUCACUAUUUUAUUCUCUGUUGCUUCACUUUAUUUCCAGAUAUUCCAGAGUUCUUGCUGAGUUAGUUUCCUUCCCUUUCUAUCGUGAUUGUGCUUCAGUAGUAGGGUUGUAAAACUCCUGGAUUCACAAAUUGUACAAGCGCUUAUACACAAUCGUGAGGGACCAUUGAUAUUUUACAGUGGUGUUUAUAAAUGCUAUAGUGUAUGUGCUUUUCCCACUAUACUACCAAAAAUGAUUUGUUGACGUUGUUGGGCUCCAUCCUAUGACAUUUGUUAUCCGGUCUGUUCACGCAUAUAUGCACUCUUCAAAAACGUUUACACAGACGUUUCAGAUCGCCGCUUUCUGCAAAAACCUGGAAUAAACUGUUUUCUUAAGUGCAUGUAAACGUGGUCAUUGUUUCACAAACUGAGAGAGAAAUGGACCUGAAACACAGACACCUUUCACGUAAGUUGUGUGAGAUAUCGGCUGUUAAACAUUACACAGACGCCACACUUGACUGAAGCUGCCGGGGAAAGAUCAUUGACAAUCAGCGCAUGUUUUCUAUCGUGUUUUCAGUCAAAAGCACACAAAUUUUGUCAAACAUACAGAAUUGUGAUUCCAAAAACCCCGGUAAUUCAUGACAUUACAUUGAUGUGUCAGUGCUCGUUCUAGGAGAGAGUCUCAGCUAAAUGACAUUGAACAACUGCAACACUUUUAGUUCAAAGUACAGUACAGGUUUAGUUAAAAUGCUUAAUGUGAUUUCCUUUCAUUUCCCUUAUUUACUGCCAAAACAACCACACUGUAAUCCAAGGAGAAAAACACUAUUACAUGUGAAGUGUUUUCCAUAAACAUCUAUUAUAAUUAAUGGGUUCUUGAAACAGUACUAAAGACAUGUAAUGAGACAGUUGUACUGGAAAGUCAAAUUAUUUUUUAGUGAAAUAUAGUAUUUUUAACACAUUAGUCAGAUACUGUCUACAAACUGAUGAGCCCAAUUUUAAACGGAAAUCCGGAUCGUUGAGCUUUAAAAGGGUUCAAGUUUAUGGGGAAGAAAACACCUGACAGAGAAAUAUUGCCUUUCUCAAUUGAUUGCAGCUUUGUUCUUUUGGCAAAAAGAAAAUUUGUAAUAUUGUUUAUUAAAAGUGAAUUCCUAGUCGUUGUAUUAGAGUGGUUUUCGUUUUAAGUGUUUUAGGGGCUGUUCAUACCGAACACGUUUUUGCAUCAUUCCACACCAUUUUUCAAUUGUUUUCUAUGUAAAUAAGUAGCUCGUUAACUAGUUCACCCUAACGACAGCUUUUAUGGCAUAAUAUUGAUUAGCACAAAUAUUAAUUUUGACUCGUCCCUCAUUUUCUUUAAAUGUGUGUUCCAGUGAGACACUUACAAUGGAAGUCAAUGGGGACAAUUUUUGGAGGGUUUAAAGGCAGAAAUGUGAAACUUAUAAUUUAUAAAAGCACUUACAUUAAUUCUUCUGUUAAAACUUGUGUAUUAUUUGAGCUGUAAAGUUUUUAAAGGAGGGAUGAGUUAAAAUACAUUUUUAGGUAAUCAACAUUGUCACAAAUGCUGUCAUUGAGCUUCAAUUGUAUUGAAUCUGGAAUAUUCCUUUAAGACACACACACUUUUAUUUCGUGCAGGAGAGUUGCACAGUUCAGCAAACAUACAAAAACAUGUCAACACAUGAUUGCAUUAACAGAUCUUCUCAGUAUAAAAAUAUUUCCUGUGAACUGAAGCAUUUCAAACCAAACAGGAACAAGUUAAUUCACAGUAUCUUAAUAUUAUUUUCUCUGGUUCACCACACUGAAGAAAUGGAGGUUCAGACGUGACGUCACCUUGUUUCAUAUGAAGCAACUGUUGACACCACGUGUUUGCUGCAGUCUGUCAAUCAAAGGUGCUUCCUGUCUGAAAUCUACUGUUUCCCUCUGGUGGUCACAGAUGUUACUGCAGAUUCACAUCAGUGUAUAUGAAAGACUUCUGCAGUACUGACACAUUAUUCAAUGUCAAUAACACUUUUGAGCAUUUCGAUUCGCUCUGCUUUGCACAAUACAUUAAAAGAGUUUGGAAAUAUAUAUAUAUAUGUGUGUGUACUGAUUCCUAAAUAUUGUGUAGUUGCUGACUGAAGACUUCACCCCAUCACUGAGUUAUUACUAAGACACAAAUGAAAUAAAGCACCUCUCAUGUGCACACUUCAGAAAUAAUGUCAACAACUUUAGUCAGACGUGUUAAAAAGUGUGAAACAUUAUAUAUAUAUAUAUAUAUAUAUAUAUAUAAAUA